AUGUGGUUGACUUGGCUACGAACCAUGGGGUUGGGGUCCCCUCCUUGCCCACAAUCGGCCUUGAGGUUCGGUAUUGCCAACUUGACAUUGUUUUUUUCAAAUGAUGUCUAUAAGGGUGAGCUAGCCCUAGCAUUUGGUGAUUUGCUUCGAAAGCUAUGGGCACCUGGGCGAACACCAAUUGCUCCUCGGCCCUUUAAAACAAAGCUUGUUCGCUUUGCACCUCAGUUCAGUGGGCACAAUCAACAUGAUUCUCAGGAGCUCUUAGCAUUUCUUCUGGAUGGUCUUCAUGAAGAUUUGAAUCGAGUAAAGCACAAACCAUAUAUAAAGUCGCGAGAUGCUGAUGGCAGACCUGAUGAAGAAGUGGCUGAUGAAUAUUGGGCAAAUCAUAUUUCACGUAAUGAUUCAAUAAUUGUUGAUGUAUGCCAGGGACAAUACAAGUCAACUUUGGUUUGUCCAGUUUGCAAUAAAGUCUCUGUCACAUUUGAUCCAUUUAUGUACCUUUCCCUGCCACUCCAGUCCUCUACCACCAGUAGGACCAUGACAGUGACAGUUUUUGCUUGUGAUGGGGCUACCCUCCCAUAUUCUUGUACAGUAACUGUCCCUAAGCAGGGACGAGUCAAAGAUCUCAUCCAGGCACUUAGCAAUGCUUGCACAUUGAAGCACAAUGAGAGGCUAUUGCUUGUGGAGAUACGGAAUCAUUUAAUCCAUAGAUAUUUGGAAGAUCCUCUUCAUUUGUUGUCUACUAUCAAAGAUGAUGAGCGGCUAGCUGCUUACAAGAUUCCAAAGAUAGACAAGAACACGAAGUAUCUCCAGUUGAUACAUCGCCGACGAGAGCAGAGCAGUGACUCACACGUCAUAUCAGGAUGGAAACCGUAUGGAACACCUAUUGUUUCAUUGAUUUCAUGUGAUGAUACAGUGACAAGAGGUGAUAUACAAGUAAUAGUUAAUCGUAUUCUCUCCCCUCUGCAAAGGAGAGGUGGCAAUGUAGAACAAGCUACUACUUCUGAAGCAAGCAUCCCAAAAGCAGCAUCUGAUGAAUGCAGUCUUACUUGUGAUGAUGCAUGUGCUGGCAACAUGGUGUCAAAUUCAUUAAAUAAGGAUUUUACCAAUUCAAAGGCACCAUCAAUGCCAACGUUACCUCUUCUCUUGGUGGAUGAUAACAAUGCUUGCAUUGAUCUUUCAAUGGGAGAGGAGAAAGUGGUUAAACUGUCACCAUCAUCCCCAAAAGUUUUAGUGUAUAUUGAUUGGUCUCAGAAGCUUCUGGAGAAGUAUGAUACACAUCCAAUUGAGACUUUGCCUGAAGUUUUAAAAUAUGGGCCUGUAACCAAGAAAGCUCGUACUGAACCUCUCUCCUUGUACACCUGCUUGGAAGCUUUUCUGCGUGAGGAACCUCUGGUGCCUGAAGAUAUGUGGUACUGCCCUAAAUGCAAAGAGAGACGACAAGCAAGCAAGAAGCUUGAUUUGUGGAGGCUCCCAGAGGUUUUGGUCAUUCAUUUGAAGAGGUUUUCAUACAGCAGGUCAAUGAAGCAUAAACUGGAGACUUUUGUUAACUUUCCCAUUCAUGAUUUUGAUUUAACUAAUUACAUAGCCAACAAAAACAACUCUCGCCGCCAACUGUACGAACUAUAUGCCCUUACAAAUCAUUAUGGUAGUAUGGGUAGCGGGCAUUACACUGCACAUAUUAAGCUUUUAGAUGAGAACAGGUGGUACAAUUUUGAUGACAGCCACAUAUCACUGAUAAGUGAGGAUGAUGUUAACACUGCUGCUGCCUAUGUUCUCUUUUACCGGAGGGUGAAGACCGACGAGGCAGCCAUUAGCAAUGGAGCUUAG